AUGGAGGUAUAUUCAACAAAACUUGAACUGCAGGUUCAGGCUCGAAUAGAGGAGUUAGAAACUGAGAAGAGGACAAAUGAAAUUCUCAUUAGUCGUAUGUUGCCAUCGGUUGUUGCUGAGGCUUUGAAAUCGGGUAUUUCUGUCGCACCAGAGACCUAUGACGAGGUAUCAAUAUUCUUAAGUGAUAUUGUUGGAUUCACAACCAUCUCAGCUAUGUCAACUCCGUUACAAGUGGUUGAUUUGCUUAAUGAACUCUAUACCCUGUUUGACAAAAUUAUAAGUAAUUAUGACGUAUACAAGGUGGAGACAAUCGGCGACGCAUAUAUGGUCGCCUCUGGGUUGCCAGUCCGCAACGGUAUUAAACAUGCUGGAGAAGUUGCUCUGACAGCUCUGGAUCUUCUGAGCGCAUGUGGAACCUUCACUAUUAAGCAUCUUCCUGAUAUACCUCUUAGGCUGCGUAUCGGACUCCAUAGCGGUCCAUGCGUAGCUGGUGUUGUGGGUUUGGUAAUGCCUCGUUAUUGUCUCUUUGGAGAUACAGUCAUUCGAGCCCUUAAAAUGGAGUCCUCAGGUGCUGUUUGUUUGUCGACUUUAUCAGCAUUCAGAAUACAUAUUAGUCAACAGAUAAAGGAUGUUCUAGACAAAAUUGGAGGUUAUCAUUUCGAGUACCGAGGACCAAUGGAAUUUGACGGGGGACUUAAAACAACGAGCUAUUGGCUCACAAGUUAUGAUGAAUUCCAUAAGCCUUUGCCUGAACCACCCCCUUUGAUCAAGUGA